AUGUUGCAGAGACUGGACGAGUCGACGGAUGUGAUGUACGCGGUGAUGCGCGAGUUCAGCGCCCUCGUGCCGUGCCGGGACAGCGCGAACCUGAGGAGAUACGCCGAGACCGAUUCCGGGGUCCACAUCCUCGCCUACAGGACCAUCGAGAUCCCCGAGGUCCCGCCCGUCAAGGGCGUCGUCAGGUUCGAGAACUUCCACAGCUGCUUCGCGUUCUGGGAGGUGGAGGGCAGCGCGGAGAUGACGAACUUCGCGUGGAUGAUGAACAUGGACUACAAGCUACCGAGCCUCGUGCCCUCCAGCGUCUUC